AUGUCAAUUUCACCUGUAGAUUUAACUACGUUUAAUAUUCCAGAUAUUAAUAUUGUUCAACGUUUACAAGAUGCAACUUGUGGAGAUACAUAUGAAGGGAAUUAUGUUUUUGGAAGUAAUAAAAGACCAGGACUAACAUUUAUUAAUACUAAAGUUGAUCCACCAACACAAUUUUAUUUUGAAUUAAAAUUACAUGGAACAGUAGAUCAAGUAUAUUUUAUUGAACAAUUAAAUAUAUUAAUUACAUUACAAAAAAAUAAAAUAGAAGUAUAUACAAUUGGACAACCAAUUACAUCAAUAGCAUCAACCGAAUCAAUAAAUCGAGUAAAUCAAGAAAAAAGAUUUCAUGACUUAAAUUUUGAUUUAAUUUGUCCAUUAAUAUAUAAAGAUUCAGUAUUAAUUGCAUGUUAUGAAGAUAAAAAAAGAGCAGUUAGUAUUGGACUUAUAAAUUCACAAGGAAAUAUAAAAGCAAUAACAAGAGUUCAUACAUCAGAUUCAAAAGUACAAGGAAUGAUAUUUUUAGGGAAAGACUUAUUAAUGUCAUGUGAAGAAAAAAUAGUUGUUGCACGUUUUUUUGAAAAUGCAGUUUUUCUUCAAGAACAAAAAUUACCAAAAAAAUGUAUUAAAAAUAAAGUAAUGAAAAUAGAUUUAGUACAAUGUUUAGUUAUUUGUGAUGGAGAUGCUUAUUAUUGUUCAUCAUCUAAAAUAUGUAAAUUGAAAAUAAGUAAUGUUACAUUUGCUUCAUUUGUAUCACCAAUUUUAUAUUUAAUUAAUACAACAGAUUCUAUUUCUUAUUAUGUUAUUCCACUUGAUAAUUCUAUUUCAAUGGUUCCUGAAAUAGUUAAACAAGUUACAUUAGAAGGAUAUACAAAUUCACAUCAAUUUGCACCUAUUUUUAUUAAUCCACAAAAACAACAAGGUUUAUUUUUUAAACCAAAAGAAGAUUGGUUCUUUUAUGCAUUUUCUAAAUUUUAUUUUGAAGCAGCACUUAAAUUUAGUGAUAAAUUUCCAACAUUAGUAAAUAAAGAUAAAGAAGGAUUAAUUAAAAUAACAAGAUUUUGUUAUUCAUGUCUUAGAAUUGGUAGUUUUUACACAAAUCCUGAAUGUAGAAAUGUAGACUUUCUUUCAGAAACUUUUUAUCAAUUACAACAAUCAAAUAUUCCAGUUAAAAUUAUUCUUGGUGUUUUAGUUUAUACUAUUAUUAAAGACUUCUUUUCUGAAUUCUUUAAACAUUUUGAAAAAUGGUUUUCUGAAUCUGAAUGGGUUAAUGAUUUAUCAGAACUUCCUAAAGAAUCUGCAACUAAAUUAGCAAGAAUUAGAAUGUUUAAUUCUAUUAAAGAAGCAACAGAAAAUGGUAAAAAGAAAAUGAGUGUUUCACAAGAAGUAGAAAAAGAAUUUUUAACAGAUUUAUCAUCAUUAUUAUAUCAAAAUAAUAAAACAUUUUUUGAUUUAGAUACAAAUGAAGAAGAUGUUGAUUUUAGUACAAAAAUACCGAAAAAUAAAGAAGAUUAUAUGAUUUUUUUAACUUCAUUUCUUCUUAUUCUUCAUAGAGUUAAUCCAACUCAUGAAUAUAUUAAAGAAAUUGUUAAACAAACUGAUUAUUUAAUUUCUGAUGUUGUUAUUAAUGGAAUAAGUGGAAUGAUGUUAAUAGAAUAUUAUAUUAAUAUGAAUUAUCUUGAUGGUAUUUUUAAUAUUCCAAAUAUUAGUACUGAAUUAAAACUUAAAGCUCUUUCAGCAGUUGCUAUUGAUUUAUCUUUAACUGAUUCUGCUGAUCCAAAUGUUAUAAAUUUUGAUAGAAAAGUUGAAUUAUAUUUAAAAGAAGUUCUUGAAAAAAACAAAAGUAAAACAUAUGAUGAAAUUAAUACUAUUUUAGGUAAAGAUGUUUUUCAAAUUUUUGGUGGUAGAAAAAUGAAAUCAACCGUUGCUAUUUGUAUUAAACAUAUUAAAACAUGGGUUCUUCAUGAUAUAUUUGAAUAUAAAAAUGAAUUAAGAUUAAGGCUUUGUGUUUUAUUCUUAAGAACAUUAUAUGAAGAAUUAUUAAAACAUAAAGCUUCAGAUUUAAAUUUAGAUUGGUUAACUGAAAGAAUUAUUCUUUCUUAUUUAGAAUAUUUCGAAUUUGUAGCUUCUGAACCUACUUUACCUCAAGUUCCUGAUCAAUUUGUUUCUUAUUGUAGUAGAUUAAUUUUUACUACUCAAACUUCUGCAAAAAAAUGUUUUGCUGAUAAAAAAGAUCAAUUACAACAAGUUUAUUAUAAAAUUAGAUGUUCAUUAACAUUUCUUGAUAAUGAUGAAGAAACUCAUGAUGAAUUAAUGUAUUUAAUAUUAAACGCUGAAUAUCCUUCAAAAAAAUUAGUUCGAGAAGGUGAACAACAAGAUCAAAGAUAUGUUACUCUUGUUAAUACAAUAAUUACAAAAACAAAAAGAGAAUUAAUUGCUUUUCUAAAAAAUUCUUUAAAAGAUCAAAUUAUUGAUGAAAAAAAUUAUAAAAUUAAAUUAGUAGAAAAUUUAGAUAUUUUAAGAAAGAAAUAUAAAGAUUGUAAGACUUGUCCUGAUUGUUUACAACUUGGUAUUCCUUGUGAAAAACAUAAUGAUUCUUAUUUCCCAUUUGUUGAUAAAAAUUUAACAUCACUUUAUAGUGAAACUAUUAUCUUUUCAUUACUUGCUUUUGAAAAUGAAAAAUAUAAUGAAGUUUGUCAAACACUCUCUAAAAAUUGUGGAAGAAUUGUUCCCGAUGUGAUAGUUUCAUUCUUCUUAUCUCUUUGUCAUCAUCAACUUCUUAAAAUUGGAACAGAUUUAGAACAAGGUGUUAAAAAUAUUGUUUCAUUUGUUGAAGAAGCUUAUAAAGAUGAACCUGAUGGUAUUGAAUAUUCAAGGUCAUGUUUAAAAACAAUAUAUGUUCCUUUAAUUAAAUAUUUAAAAGCUUAUUAUGAUCAAAAUACAAGUUCUGAUUAUAUGUUUCUUAUUGAAUGUUAUUUAGAAUAUUCUAAACUUCCAGGAGAAGAUGAAUUAAAUGCAACUGAAGAAUUAAUUUCAGCUAUGUCAAUUAAUACUUAUGCAGAACGUAUUACUAAAACACAUGGAUUAUCUUGGAGAUUACAAUGUAGAGUAAAACAUCAUAUUAGUUUGAUUGAUGGUCUUGAAGAAUAUUUUGGAGCUUUUGUAAAUCAAUUAUUAACGGUUGAUGAAAAGAAAUAUAUAACUGCUUUUAUUGAUGAUUUAUAUGAAUUUUUAAAUGCAAUCAAUCCAAAAAUUGCAAAUUCAUUCCAAAAUAAUACUAAUCAAGAAAAGUACAUUACUCUUAUUAGACAACAUCAUCGUCCUUUCUUAUCUGGUAGAAAAAAUAUUUUAUCAGAAAUUGUACUUCAUUGUGUUUGUCUUGAAGACGCUAAUGGAAAAUCUCCUCUUCUUAAUGUAUUUAUUGCAAAAUUAUUUACUCAAAAAGCAUAUGCUCCUGCAAUUGCAUUAGAAGUAUUUAUUAGAUUUUUCCCAAUUAUCCCAUUAAAAAAUACUAAAACACAAAGAGAUUGGAUUAAUAAUAAUAAUAAUGCACAAGCACAAACUGGAGAUAAUUUGAAUAUUUUCAGUCUUAUUUUUGAUUCUCUUCAAAGUUCUGAAUCUCUUAUAUUAUUAUUACCUUCUAUUAGAUAUUAUUCACAAUUAUUUUCUCAUUUAAGUGUUGUUGAUUCAGCUCAAAGAGCAUUAUUUAAUAAUUUAAAUAAGAGAGGAUUUACUAUUACUUAUACCAACAAAUGUAAAGCUUGUCAAACUAAAAUUACUUCAAGAGAAACUUCAAUUGUUAAAAAUGGUGAAUUUUAUCAUGAACGUUGUCUUCAUCCUUAG